UUUUUUGUGAAUGAUGAGUUUUGUGACAUCUGACGAUCAUUCUCCGUUAUCCAAUUAAAUCUUCAUGAUUCUGGAACAAAAUUUAAUUUUUCAGAGAAAUGAAGUUGGUGCGCCGGUAUACACCAGAAUACUCGACAAAUAGAGAUUUUGACGCGGAGCUUGUGUGUUCUGGAUUUAAACUCAACUCGCACAGGCUUGUGCUAGCAGGUGCCAGUGUAUUUCUUGCUUCAAUUCUCCAGGAAUCAGAAUCUGACGAAGCUGUCCUACUCCUUCCUGAAUAUAAACCUGAAGAUGUCCAGCAGGUGUUUGAUCUACUCUACGGAGCAGACCAUGAACUACCUGGAGAGGAGAACCUAGAAAUCUACAAGAUCUUGAGGGAUCUUGGGAUUGGAACAUUUCUAGCAAAAUCAUCUGAAGUUGUGGAGAACGGAGCCUGGGUGGGUUGUGAGGUUAAGGUUGAGAUCAGUAAACUUAAGGAGGAACUAGACUCAGAUCAAGGUUCAGAAUACCAUCAUUCAAUCAGAGAUGAGGGGGUUGAGGAGGAGAGGGAUAUUCUGCUGUCAGCUGAUGUUUGUUUGGUGGAUUUUUCGAAUCCGGGUUCAAAAAAAGACGAACCAUUACCAAUGUCAGAUAACAAAGAAUUCCACGAAAAAAUGGCCCCAGUAAGAAUUGCUAAGGGAAAGAAAACAGGGGAAAUAAAGGGACAGAUAUCCUGUAGUGAAUGUGAGUUUUCCACUGGAAAAGUGAGGAAUCUACAACGACACAUGCACAGGAUUCAUCCGGGAAUGAAAGUAAAUGUUGGCGGUAAAGCUGGAGAUUUUUCCUGUAAUGAAUGUGAAUAUACAACAAACUAUAAAUACAAUCUACAAAGACACAAGGAAAGAUUCCAUUCAGGAAUAAAAAAAUUUAAAAAUGGAGCUCCGGUUCGAAGUUACCCCUGUGAUCAAUGUGAAUUUUUUGGAGAAUCCUGGGCGAAUAUAAAAGAACACAAAAACAAAGCUCAUAAACGACGCCCAAGUAUUUUCCACCACUGUAACUAUUGUGAACAAGUUGAGAGCAGCAAGAAAAAACUUAGAAUUCAUAAACUGAGCGUUCACUCUACUGAACCUGCAGUUUCGGGCUCUGUCGGUCAAAACGGAGAAAGUAGGUGUAGGUGGACUUCUUGUAAUAAAUGUGAUUUUAUCACACCCAUGAUAAAAGAUUUAAAAGUGCACAUGAUGGCGGAGCAUAAUUGUUUAAAGUUCCAAUGUGAUGAAUGCACAUAUGAAUGUGUGCUACCCCGUAGUUUGAGAUUACACAAGGCUAAACAUCAUGAAGGUGUUCACACCCAGCACUCUUGUAACAAGUGUGAAUUUACAACUAUUGAUCUGCCUGCACUAAAAUCACACAUGAAGAGUAAUCACGAUUGCUUAAAAUAUCUGUGUGACCAGUGCGCGUUCGAAUGUAUGUUUUCCGCCAGCCUUCUGCUCCACAGGAGAAGAGUCCAUGAUAAUAUCAAGUUUCCCUGUAAUGAGUGUGAAUAUAUUGGAAACUGUGGAAGUAAUUUGAGACAACACUUAGACACCAAGCAUAGAGGAGUAAAGUAUAUGUGUGAUCAGUGUGAGUACUCUACUAGUACUCCAUACAAACUGAAAGCACACUCCAAGGUAGCUCACGAGGGAAUUAGGUUUAAAUGUGACGAAUGUGAACACAUUACAACGACGAAGAAGAACUUGUUAUCACACAAAAGUCGUGUUCAUGAACGUAUACGGUUUCCUUGUGAUGAAUGCUGCUAUGGUGCCUGUUCAAAAUACAAGUUGAAAUUACACAAGAAGAAACGGCAUCCUGUAAAAGAAUUGAUAUAGUUAUAAGCUACAGUCUAGUAAACAACAAGAAAAUGUUCUGUCUGUUUUCUAAACUUUAAACAGACAUAGACAAAACAAUAUAAUAAUUUGAAUGUAAGAUCCUGCAAACAAACUGUCAAUGGACCUUAAGAGUAUUUUUUAUGAUUAUUACACGGGGUUUUUUUCUCUUAAGGGACUUUUUAAUUUUUCAAACCAAAAGUCAAUAAUUUUUAUGCUUAUUUAUUUUCUGCAUUUGUUAUGUCAAUAAUUUAAAUGUUUUCUGAGAUCUCAAAAUCUAGUCAGUUAAUUAGUUUCAGUGUCUUGUCUUGUUAUUCUCCUUUCUACAAGUAAAUCUGUAUUCAGCUAUUAAUUAAUUAAUUAAAUUAUAUAUUUCAGAAAAUAUGAUUUUCCUCAGCAUUUUAUCUUUAUUAAUUAGACAAUGUUAGAUAAACUAACAAUAAAAUACAGAGAAGAUUAUGUAAUUGACCUUUUAGAAAUUUUGAAAAAUACACAACUUAAUGUUUAGAGGGAUUGUCCACGAAAUUUUAAUUGGCCUUUUGUUAAUUGUGCCAUCAACAAACCACAGUCCAUAGUAUCCUUAGUCUUUAUCAGAUCAUUUUAUUGACAGCGAUUUCAACUAAUAUCCAUCUAAAAACACUUGUAUAAUUUAAAGAGUUAAGAAGAAAAAUAUCUUUUCAUUUGUAAAAAUUGUUAAGUCGGUUUGAAAUUUAAUCCCCACUUCAAAUUUUGUCAAUAAUCCCUUUGGUAAACGAAUCUUUAAUUUUGUACGUUAGUUGACUUUCUUCCAUUACAGUUCUUCUGGAUUAUUUCCAAAUUACAGCAAUAGGGGCGGAUAUAAGG